CCGGGCUCAGUGCGCAACGCCCAGCGCCGGCGCUCCUGCGGCGGGAGGGGGCCAGAGGGGAGAUGUCGCAACCGCCUCCCUCCCUCUUUCCCCGCCUUGGCGCUCAGUCGCCUCCCAGAUGAGCGCUCUCGCAGACGGCUGCGGGCCGCCCGGGCGCCCGGCAUGUCCCCUGAGUGCGCGCAGGCGGCGGGCACCGGAUCACCGCGCAGCCUGGAGCGGGCCAACCGCACCCGCUUCCCAUUCUUCUCCGACGUUAAGGGCGACCACCGGCUGGUGCUGACCGCUGUGGAGACGGUCGUGCUGGCGCUCAUCUUUGCGGUGUCGCUGUUGGGCAACGUGUGCGCUUUGGUGCUGGUGGCGCGCCGACGGCGCCGCGGCAACACCGCCUGCCUGGUGCUCAACCUUUUCUGCGCCGACCUGCUGUUCACCAGCGCCAUCCCGCCCGUGCUGGCCGUGCGAUGGACCGAGGCCUGGCUGCUGGGCCCGGUCGCCUGCCACCUGCUCUUCUACGUGAUGAGCUUGAGCGGCAGCGUCACCAUUCUCACCCUGGCGGCCGUCAGCCUGGAGCGCAUGGUGUGCAUCGUUCGCCUGCAGCGCGGCAUGCGGGGUCUGGGGCGGCGGGCGAGGGCCGCGCUGCUGGCGCUCAUCUGGGGCUACUCGGCGCUGUCCGCUCUACCCCUCUGCGUCUUCUUCCGCGUGGUCCCCCAGCGGCCCUCCGGCCAGGACCAGGAGAUUUCGAUUUGCACACUGGUUUGGCCCAGCAUUGCCGGAGAAAUCUCCUGGGAUGUGUCCUUUGCAACUUUGAACUUCUUGGUGCCAGGAUUGCUCAUUGUGAUCAGCUACUCCAAAAUUUUACAGAUCACAAAGGCGUCAAGGAAGAGGCUCACGGUGAACCUAGCUUACUCAGAGAACCACCACAUCCGUGUGUCCCAGCAGGACUUCCGGCUCUUCCGUACCCUCUUCCUGCUCAUGAUCUCCUUCUUCAUCAUGUGGAGCCCCAUCAUCAUCACCAUCCUCCUCAUCUUGAUCCAGAACUUCAAGCAAGACCUGGUCAUCUGGCCUUCCCUCUUCUUCUGGGUGGUGGCCUUCACAUUUGCCAACUCAGCCCUGAACCCCAUUCUCUAUAACAUGUCACUGUUUAGGAAUGAAUGGAGGAGAAUUUUUCACUGCUUCUUCUACCCGGAAAAGGGAGCCAUGUUUACAGAUACGUCUGUCAGAAGAAACGAUCUGUCUAUUAUUUCCAACUAAUUAAAUUUUCUCCAUAGGCAGAGUUGAUCAUCCUCUGGAAGACCAUAAUAUGUUUUCAAAGGGAAUUAAUUUCCAGGACUGUCACAUCCAUGUAGCCUGCUUCAAGAAAGUGUAACCUAUGCAAACACACAUUUAUAGCACCCGUCAAUUAAGGGGUGAUCGUUCAGUAUAACAGUUUUGCCCUUUAUAAAAAUGUUUUGCUGUGGGCUCCUUUUAAAUAGGAACUUUUUUCAGUAUGUUUGUAAUAUGAUUGAGUUUAAUGAAUUUUUAUUUAUAACUUCAGCAAUCCCAUCUCUUAUGUGUAAAGCUGGUUUCUGAAAUGAGUCUUGGAAAUGAUCCAGGGCCCAGAUUUCUCCUUGAAGGUGUCACGGCCAUCUAGGUACUCCCCUCCCCAGACGUGCAAGGCCUCAAGACCAUUCACUAAUGUCAAAAGCACUUGAGGAAUUUCUAAGGAAUAAUUAAAGGUGACUUUAGUUUUUCACUUAUAAGAAAUGCCACGGACCUCUUUAGGAAAAGCCAUGUCAUGAAAUCAGAGAGGAGAAAGGAUGAUUCAAAACACUGAAUGUGAAAGCACAAGAGAUUCCCUUCACUAAUCCCCCGCCAGGUCCUCUUAAGUACAUGCUGUGGUUGGACAGCCCCGGCCCCUACCCUUAUGGAGCUUACUUACCUUCUGUUCAGUGGGGGGUGAAGCCCUAAACAGAAAUCCGUAGAUAAUAUAAAUAGAAGUCCAUAGAGUGUGGAGUAGCGUCAUGAAGAAAAUAGGACGAUGAUGCUAUUUGGAUGGGGUGGGGAGGGGUCUAGGAAGACCUUUCUGGGGGAUGAUAUUUGGGCCAAAAGGUAAACCACUAGAAAGAGCCAACCAUCUGAAUCCAGGGGAGCGGGGCUUUGCAGACCUCGCAGACACUGGUCCUGGUGCAAAGACGUUUGGUGUAGGGGAAGCAAACUAUUGACUGAGCUACAAACUGUCCUUUGUGCCAGGAUAGAGGGGUGCCCUGCUGGAACCCAUUGAUUAAAACCAAAGAAGGUACAAGGCUGGACCGAGUAGGGUCUGGGAGGCUACAUAGGGAGUUUGUUGUGUUCAGUGGACAACCACUGGAAGUCUGCAACUGGAGCCUGUUAUGACCCAACCUGUAUCUUUAAAUGUGACUCUGGCUGCUGUGCAGGAAAUGGACUUUGAGGAGCAAGAAUUUAUUUUUUUUUAUUAAUGUUUUUUUUUUUUUUUUUAGAUUUUAUUUGUUUAUUUGACAGAUAGAGAUCACAAGUAGGCAGAGAGGCAGGCAGAGAGAGAGAGGAGGAAGCAGGCUCCCUGCCGAGCAGAGAGCCUGAUGCGGGGCUCGAUCCCAGGACCCUGGGAUCAUGGCCUGAGCUGAAAGCAGAGACUUUAACCCACUGAGCCACCCAGGUGCCCCAAGGGGCAAGAAGUUAAAAAAAAAAAAAAAAAAAAGACCAUUUAGGCGGCUACUGAAGUAGAACAAGAGGAAAGUCAGAGGGGGAGGUGGCCUUCGUGGGCCUUCGUGGGGGUUUGUGAGAAAGGAUCUCAGGACUACUUUGGGGAGCAAGCUCGAUUUACUGAUGGACAGGAUGUAGAACGUGGGGAAAAGAGAAGAUUCGAGGGUGACUCCUGACAGUGGGUGGAUGGCGGGCCAGGCCAUAAAAAGGGGAAUGACUAGAAGAAUGGCAGGUGGGAGAACCAAGAGUUUUGUUUAGGGGUUAUAAAUUUGAGAUCCCAAGGAGAUGCUAAUGGAAAGUAGGCCGUUGGAUGCAGGGAUGUGGGACUUGGGCCAAAGAUACGAUAUUAGAAGCCAUCGGGUUAUGUUUAUAGGUCUUUGGUUUUAUGAAAUAUCCCUGAGAUGAAGAAACCAGAGCCAAAGAGGAACUGUUACUUGGAGGUGGGGCAGUGACUGGCAUGUGCAGCAGUUUAGGAUCUGGUACACAGUAGGGGGUCAACGAAUCUUCGUUGUAGAGUCAAUGAGUGCGGGUUGCUGUCACUCACAAGGUUUCUUGAACAGCUUGUUUCUGAAGUGAGAGUUAUGGGGAUCACAAGCUUGAGAAAAAGAAGACAGAUUUUUUUUUGUUCAUCUUGGUGCAUUAAAGUUGUUUUGUGAAGUGA